UGCAUGCAUAGCCAUCACAGCACAUGUGGGAGUAACAGAAUUGUAAAAAAGCAUAUUUUUAAACACCACAUCAGGAAAACAUGACCGCAGUUUACUAGUCCACUGAAAUAAAUUUGAGUAUUAUUUAAAGUUUUUCAGUCAUUUAACUAAAAAUGUAUGUGUAGUUGUUAAUUUUAAUAGUUGUAUUUUAAGAGUAAUAAAAACACAAAAUUCAUAUUCCAAGAAAAUGUCAAUGUUGGAGCAAUAAAAAAUCCAAAAAUAUAUUUUAAAAAGUAUCCAUAUCUCUGUAAUGUAUGGUAAUAACGAGACAGGCUAACUGAAUUUCCUUUUUUAUUGCGAUGAACAACAACAAUCAUUUGAAGUAUAUUAUUUUGUGUGAGAUGAAUAUGUACAAUGUAUAAAUUCGCUUUUAUGAAUUAAUUGACUGGAAUAAAUGGCGUUUUUAAAUAUAUUCAGACGUCUUGAUAUGAACACACUUAGACCGCUAACUGGGAGACCGAGUGAGGACGUCAGUCAGCCAUCUAGAGACAGGCCUAGCUGGAUAAACAUGAGUGAACAAGGCGGUGGAGAUUUGCCGAAGCCCAAAAUUGAACAGCUCAUGGCCAAGCUAAGGAUGCUUCAACAAGAGAAGAGACAACUUGAAGAGGAAGUCAAAGGUGCCCAGUCUGUGCAUGACGAUUUGCAAAAGGAGCUUGCAGAUUUCCAAACCGAAGCUAAUGAACUGGAAGGAAUCCAUAAAGAUAAGAAAGAUGCAUCCAGCAAGCUGCAGUUGCAAUGUGAAGACUCUGAGCAGGACUUGAACAGGCAGUUGAAGCAGAACAAGACGAGCGAGGAAUUGCUGGAACACUACAGAUGUGAAAUCGAGGAAGUGAAGCUAAAACACAGGAAAUUGCGAAUAAGAUUUGAAAACCAACUUAUGCAACUGAUAGAGCAGCACAAGCAACUCGACUAUGUCUUUAAUUCAAAGAGACUCCCAGAUGAGUUGAAGAAAGGUGAAGACAUAAAACAUCAGCUGUCAUCAGCUGAACAAGUGAAGUUGGCUCAGCUGCACAAACUGGACGAAGAGUUAGAGGAGGCGAAGAAACAGAAGCAGUUUGAGACUGAAGAUGCACAGAUUCAUGAGUAAACUGAAUGACUUAUCUCUAGUUUUGGGGAUUUAGAGUGACCCGUUCUUUGUGUUGUUUUGAGCCUGGUGUCUUGUUCAGGGAUGAGGCUCAAUGGACAUUUCCAAUGUUACAUUUCCGUUAUGUAAUUGUUAAGAUUUCCUGAGUGAGAUAGUCUUAAACACUCAACUUAUAUGUUUUUCACUGUCUAAGAUACUUGCUUUUUAAGUACUUAAUGGACUCAUUCUGAGAUUUAACCAUAUUUAUUGUCUAAAUUGUUCAUAAUCUUCGUGUGGUUUUAGCUUUAAAUCUGAAAAAUGUUGAACUUUUUGAUCUGUAUGAAGAUAUUCUAUGCUGAUGUUAUAUCCACACAAGUGUUCCAUAUAAAAAUGUAACAGCUGCAACUUUGUGACUUUUCUGCAUCAACAAUAAAAAGAAACUCAAAAGCC